CAUCCCUUGCGCGUGACCCCCCCCCCCCACCCCGGGCGCGUGUGUCAGCGGCCAAGAUGGCGGAGCCGGACUCGUGGGACGUGGAAGAAUUCGUUGCGGAGGCGCCCAAGCCGGCGUUGGCGAUAGACAAGUGGGCGGGCGAGGACGAGGAUGACGACGUGAAGGACAACUGGGAUGAUGAGGAAGAGGAAAAAAGAGAAGCAAAAGCUAACACAGAGGUGAAAGCCGCUGAGAAGAAAAAGAAACCAGAAAAAGUAAAAGCAAAGAAAGAGGUCAACGAGAAGGCAGCGACCGAGCCGACGAGAAAACAGAGCCCAGAGGAGGAGCGGUUAGAAAAACUGCGCCUCCAGAAACUUCAGGAGGAGGCCGACCUUCAUGUUGCACUUGAGACCUUCGGCGAAAGAAGCACAGAGGACGUGAGCGUAGAUGCUUUGAACCCUGUGACGAAGGAAGACUUUGUGGAGUUUGGAAAUGCCCUCCGACGGAAGGUCACACAGUACGAGAAGUCUGCGCAUUACGUGGGUUUCCUGGAGGCCCUGUUUCGUGACAUCUGCAUCAGCCUGGAAAUGGAGGAUGCGAAAAAGCUCAGCUCCACUUUAAACGUCCUGUGUGUUGAGAAACAGAAGGCAGACAAGGAAAAGAAGGUAAAGAACAAGAAGAAACGGGCGAGCAUGCCAGGUGGCGGCUUCAAGGCAAACUUGCGUGACGAGCUCGAGGCUUUUGACGAGGGUCCUGCAGGAUAUGACGAAUACGAAGACUUCAUGUGACACCUGCUGCUGCUUGUAUCUCCCCUUCCCCCCCAAACACCUGGAACUCUGUAUGACACCCGCCUCAAGCAUCAUCUUCAUCACUUCCUCCAUCAAGUUGCCAUCGAGACACCCGGGAGAAGCCCAGCUCGUGGCACGAAGAAGCCAGAAUAAUGGGAACUCUGCAAUUUUACUGCGAGAGCGCGCGCACGCACUAGCGUACACAGCAGUGGUUUACGUUUGUGAAAACGCUGCCAAGUCCACCUCUUGCGGCCAGAAUUCAACUAUUCCCCCUGCUCCUCAGUGGAAGGGGGCAAGGUGGGGGCGGGGGGGGGUUCCUCUUGCUAUUGCAGUUUGAGCUUUGAAUCUUGGGUUGUUUAAAGUUAACACAAUUGGAUAAUUUCACUUGGAUUUUUGCCGCAUUUUGAUCAUGGAAUAAAGUAACACUGCGGGAAAUUGAGAAUGGCCUAGCUAUUUUUGUAUAAUAAAACUUAUCCAUAACGUGCUGCGUAAUUGUUGUAUGCGUCACCCUGAAUUAUUUCCAUACUCGGAAAUAAGGUUUCAGACUCCGUCCGUUGCCAUAAAUCGCUGUGCUGCUGACUCAAACCCGGAUGCUGUCUUAAUCCAUUUCAAUGAGCCAUUCUCAAUGCUCCAAAAUUAACUUGUGUGUUUCAUAAACGACAACUGUAUUACAAUUGAAUUAUACUCCCUGCAGUAUUUAGUUUUAUUUAAUAAAAGGCAAAUACAGGACAUGUUCUCUCAUGUUGUGACCGCUAAGCUUUGGGCAGAGCUGAAAACUGGCAUUGAUGGGCGGUCAUGGAUACAGCCACGCUGGCAGUUUGCGUGUUGAAUUUUUCUCUAUGCAGUAUAGAGUCGUGCUUAUGCAAAUACAUGUAGACCUUUGAAUAUCAA